AUGGAAUUAGUGAAAUCUUUAUUAUUAUUUAUUAUUUCAUUUUCCUUCUGGCAAAUUGUCACCAUUAUAAUAGUGACUCCAUUGGCUUAUAAUAUAUUCUGGCAAGUAUAUGAGUCCUUUAGAACUGACAGACCUCCCUUGGUAAUGCAUUGGGUGCCAUGGGUUGGUAAUUAUGCUAGCUAUAACUUGAAACCUUACAAAUUUCUACAAGAUUGCCAAAAGAAACAUGGUGACAUAUUUUCAUUUGUAAUGUUAGGUCAAAUUAUUACAGUUUAUUUAGGUCCAAAUGGUAACGACUUCAUUUUUAAUGCUAAUGUCGACGAAGUUUCUGCAAAAGAUGUAUAUUCAAGAAUGACAACACCAGUGUUUGGCAAGGGUGUAAUUUAUGAUUGUGAUCACGAUAAAUUAAUUGAACAGAAGAGAUUUGUUAAAAAAGCUUUAACUAUUGAGUCUUUGAAAAAAUAUGUACCUUUAAUUCAAGAUGAAAUACAAAAAUAUUUCACCAAUUCAAAAUUCUUUAGAUUAGGGAAAUACAACUCUGGCAUUACAAAUGUUAUGGCCACUCAACCAGAAAUGACAAUUUUCACUUCUUCAAGAACCUUAUUAGGUGAACAAUUAAGAAAAAAACUAGAUACUGAUUUUGCAUAUUUAUACAGUGAUUUGGAUAAAGGUUUCACUCCAAUUAAUUUUGUAUUUAAAAAUUUACCAUUAGAACACUUUAGGAGUAGAGACAAUGCCCAUAAAUUAAUAUCAACUACUUAUUUAUCUUUAAUCAAGGAAAGAAGAGCAACUAACGACAUAAAAGACAGAGACUUGAUUGAUUCUUUAUUGAAAAAUUCAACUUAUAAGGAUGGAACGAAAAUGACAGACCAAGAAAUUGCCAAUUUAUUAAUUGGUGUCCUGAUGGGCGGUCAACAUACUUCAGCUGCAACUUCAGCCUGGUUUCUAUUGCACUUGGCAGAGAAACCUCAAAUUCAAGAAGAACUUUACAAAGAGGUAAUGGAAGUGCUAGAUAAUGGUAGACUUCCUCUUACUUAUGAAUCUCUACAAAAGAUGAAGUUAGUUAACCAAACAAUUAGAGAGACUUUAAGAUUACAUCACCCACUGCAUUCAUUGUUCCGUAAGGUUAGAAAAAAUAUACCUAUACCAAGAACAAAUUAUAUAAUUCCAAAACAUCGUUUACUAUUAGUUUCUCCUGGAUAUACUCAUUUACAGGAUAAAUAUUUCCCAAAUGCCAAAGAAUUUGAUAUUCAUCGCUGGUCAGAUAAUCAAAUUAAUGAAUCUGUUGAACAUAUUGAUUAUGGUUUUGGAAAAAUAUCUAAGGGAACUUCUAGCCCAUAUUUACCAUUCGGUGGUGGGAGACACAGAUGUAUUGGUGAAGAUUUUGCAUAUUGCCAGUUAGGUACACUUUUGGUAACAUUUGUCACCAAAAUUAAAUGGUCUUUGCCUGAAAACAAAGCUAUUCCUGAAACUGAUUAUCAAUCAAUGGUCACUUUACCUCUAGGGUCUGCUCACAUUUUAUGGGAAAAAAGAUAG